AUGCUUGUUCGUCAACAUAUUCUUCUUAUUGUAAUCAUAACCAUUCUCGGCACUAUUGGAUAUAUAUCAGCCGAUAAUUUUGCAGUACUUGUUGCUGGUUCCAAUAUGGUUACUAUAAUUAUCGACAUCAGUCGGAUAAAUCUCACCAAAGGUAUUAUUAUUAAUCAUCCAAAUGGUAAAGAUGUUUAUCAUGGUGUCCCACAUGAUUACACUGGCAAAACUGUUACCCCUCAAAACUUCAUCAACGUAUUACUCGGUAAUAAAGAUGCUAUGAAAGGUAUUGGUAGUGGCAAAGUUCUUCAGAGUGGUCCUGAUGAUAAUGUUUUCGUUUACUUUACUGAUCAUGGCGCCACUGGUCUUGUUGCUUUUCCAAACGGUGUCAUGCUUAUCUAUAUUGAAUCUUGUGAAUCAGGUUCCAUGCUUAAUGGUCUUCUACGUAAUAGCAUUAAUAUUUAUGCAACUACAGCAUCAAAUCCAGAAGAAUCUUCUUAUGCAUGUUACUAUGAUUCAAAACGUCAAACAUACUUAGGUGAUUUGUAUUCAGUCAACUGGAUGGAAGAUUCUGAUGCUGAAGAUGUUACAACAGAAACUUUAUUUAAACAAUUUCAAAUUACCAAGCAGGAAACAACUGAAAGUCAUGUUAUGCAAUAUGGUAAUCUUACAUUAGGUACACUUCGCAAUGUUGGUAAAUUCCAAGGUGAAAAUAUGAUUAAUAAACCACAAUCAUUUAGUUCAUUUACUGAUCGUUUGAAUGCUGCACUCAAACGUGAUGCUGUUCCUACAGAAGAAGUUCGUACAACCAUUCUAUCUCGUCGUUUAGCUGCUUUACCAGCUAAUUCACCUGAACGUGACACAGUUGAACGUAAACUUGCUGAAACUAUUAAACAACGAAAAUUCAUUGUUUCAACAAUUGACUUAAUUGCUAAAAAGUCUUUCGAAGUAAAUGGUGCUAAUUAUUAUGAAUUAGUUACAUCAAAACGUAUGAAAUUAACUCAGCAUGAUUGUUACAUUUCUGCUACACAACAUAUUCAUGAAAAAUGCUUCGAUAUUCAAAAUGAAUAUGUUUUGAACAAAUUAUGGAUUGUUGCCAAUCUUUGUCAAAUCGGACUUCACGAUUUUACUAUUAACAAUGCUGUUGAUGCUGUUUGCAAUAUUUAUGGACGUCAAAACUUCGAAUAUUAA